AGUAGUCAUCCAGGAGCUAGCAACAGCAUCUUUCGACUAGCUAUUCAAUAAGCUAAAAGCUAGCAGUCUAAAUAUACUACAAUUUCCCUUUCGGUACUUAAUUAAUUUGUGUUAUUGAAAAGAGUGCUUCGCAUCAAUUCCGAAAAGUCAUGGCAGCGGAUUGGCUGGGUAGUUUGGUGUCAAUUAACUGUGGACCAACACUGGGAGUCUAUCAAGGAGAGGUGGUGUCUGUGGACCAGUCCAGCCAAACCAUCUCCUUAAAACAACCUUUCCAUAAUGGAGUCAAGUGCCCUGUUCCCGAGGUCACGUUCAGUGCCAUUGACAUAAAGGAACUAAAGAUUUUAGAUAUCAGAAAAGGCAAUGCUAGGAAUAGCUCUUCUACGAAGGUAAGCAGUGUUCCAGUUGCAGUCCCAAAGGGUGACCCCAGGCCUGUGGAGAAACUCAACUCUCCUCAGCACUGCUCCAAAAGCUAUGGAGAACGUCACCUGGACAUACCCGGCCAGCCAAAAGGAUUUCGUCAAAGACACAACUCCUGGUCAUCUAGUAGCCGAGGGGCAAACCAAGCAACACCGAAAAAGAAUGGGGUGAAAAAUGGUCAGAUGAAGCACAGAGACGACGAGUGUUUUGGGGAUGGCAUGGACGACGGGCUGGAUACAGACUUUGAUUUUGAAGGAAACUUGGCUCUUUUUGACAAAGCAGCAGUUUUCUCAGAAAUCAACACAUCUGAGCGCCGCAAUGGUGCAAGGUCGCGUGGGACGCCCCAAGAGCAGACCCCUUCACGGUACCGUCAUGAUGAAAACAUCCUGGAGGCCAAACCUAUUGUGUACAGACAGAUUACUGUACCGCAGCCUGGGGCCAAAGAGUACUGCACUGACUCUGGGCUCGUUGUACCCAGUAUAUCCUAUGAACUACACCAGCGUCUGUUGUCAGUCGCUGAGCGUCAUGGUCUCUCACUGGAGCGAAGGCUUGAAAUGACUGGAGUGUGUGCAAGUCAGAUGGCACUUACAUUGCUGGGAGGGCCCAACAGAUUGACUCCAAAAAAUUUACACCAGCGUCCCACAGUGGCUCUGCUGUGUGGCCCUCAUGUUCAGGGUGCUCAGGGCAUCAGCUGUGGUCGUCACCUGGCCAAUCACGAAGUGGAGGUCAUCUUGUUUCUGCCAAACUUUGUCAAGAUGCUCGACUCAGUCACCAGCGAGCUCACACUCUUCAACAAGACUUGUGGAAAACAGGUGUCAAGCAUGAAAGACCUUCCAGACACCCCAGUAGACUUAAUCAUAAACUGCCUGGACUGCCACGAGAACACAUUCCUGUUGGAUCAGCCUUGGUACCAAGCAGCUGCAGACUGGGCUAACCAGAACCGAGCGCCAGUACUCAGCUUAGACCCUCCUGGUAGGGGACAGGGGCAGGCUGUGGAGGCCAAGUGGUCUCUCUCUCUUUGCCUCCCCCUUCCCCUGGCUGAGGGAGCUGGCAGGGUUUACCUCUGUGACAUAGGUAUUCCUCGCCAGGUGUUCCAGGAAGUGGGAAUCAAGUACAUUUCUCCUUUUGGCUGCAAAUUUGUCAUACCCUUGCACUCUCCAUAAUGGGACUAAUGGUCAACAUCCCUCCAUGCCCGUGUGGGUUUCGGCACCUUGUAUUCCAGAGUUCAUCCAUCAAGUUUCUAACUCAUCAACAUGUGAAUGGGACCACUGUUUGGUACAUUAGUUCAACCAGGACUAAGUGCAUGUGGGUGGGAUAGGAAAGAGCUUUAUUGAAAAAGUAAAUGUGUUGACCAUCAGAGCAUUCAGCAAUUAUGUAGAUACCAUUGUAUUUACAUGAUAUUACAAUAUAUUUGGAAGAUAGAUUUUUCAGAAAAAUACAGCUGAAGUGUCAAAAAUAAUACCACAUAGUCUUCAGUAGUUUUAGAUUGAAUAAGACAAUAUCUGAUUUAAAAUGGAAACAUUUAUUAAUGUCUCUGUAAUCUAACCUCAUUUCAAAACCAUCGGUUGAAUGAAAUGGAGAUCCACCAUAUGAUACAUGCAAAUGUAUUGUUAUUACUAUAAUCUGGAUGAGACAACAAAUCCAAUUUGCAUUGGUGUUACCAUUGCUAAUGGCUUGGUUUAUAGCCUGCCAUACUCUUCAGCACUCUGUUACUGUUGUCUUAUGUUUUAUUAGGAUAGAAAAUCCAUUUAUAUUCCAUUUGAUAAGUUGACACAGCAUGCAAAACCUCUAGCAAUCUUGACUUUUAAUGAAAAACCUUUGCUAACUAAAUUUUGUCACAAUGGGGAGCCAAAGUCAUGCCCGGGCUAGCCUCUGUUCCACUAGCUUCUGUAAGUCAAUGCAUUCAACAUUUAUUUUAUCGGUUACGUCAAGACAAUUUGCCAUCCACUACUGCAGUUGUUAUAAGCAGUUGUUACAGUAACAAAGUUAAACACUUACUAUGUGAGCAUAGAAAAAUCUACUGCUCCCAUGAACGAACUACAAGCGCGGGUACUUCGGUCAUUGUAACUUGGUUUCGUCCAUAUCCAUAAAACGUGUGUAAAGGCCGCUAAAAACAAAUAUUGAAUAAUAAAAAUAAAAAACUACUGGCCUUGUCUAAACUCUUGAAGCGAGCCACACAACAUACUGUUGAGAAAGACCGUUCGAAAGCUAGAUUUUUAGUUAUGACUAUAGAGUAGUAACACAUGCCAAUGAGAUUUUGAAUGACAUUUUCUGGGAAUAAAACCCAGAAAGAAGUUGCAGUUUCACUUUGGCUAACUUUGGCUCUCUGUUAUAUGUGUUAAAGGACCAUACCAGAGUGUUUGCAUGUUUCAGUUCCUUGCAAAUAUUUUU